UCCGGAAGCUGCGCCGCCAUAUUGGCCAUUUUGAAUGUGUCUGUAGUUCAGUUAACUACCUCCUGCUCAUUAGAGUUAACUAGUCCUGAAAACGUUCGCCCAGCUCUACUGUUGCGAGAUGUGGCCCGGCUACUCGAGCAGCGGAGCGCCUGGAGCCAUGCGGCGGCUGUGAAGUGAUGCGCGCCCCGCACGACUUUGAUCGUCUAUUAUGAGCUCCCUACCACCCCAGCCUCUGGCUGCCAGCUCAGCAUGCAGGACGCUUCCUGGAGAAGGAAACCAGGUGCAGCCAAAAGCCCCUCUCCUGCAGAUUUUGCGUGUAGCAGGAGCCCAGGAAGAUGUCUUCACACUCAAAGAGGUGAUGCACUACCUGGGUCAGUACAUCAUGGGCAAGCAGCUGUACGACAAACAGCGGCAGCACAUCGUCCACUGCCAGGAUGAUCCUCUGGGGGAGCUGCUGGAAGUCGAGAGCUUCUCGGUCAAAAACCCAAGCCCCGUGUAUGAAAUGCUGAAGAAAUACCUGGUUGUGCUGGGUUGUGCUGACGCUGCAGAGAAUCUUUCUGUGGGCCGUGAGUGUGUAGAGGGCGGAGUGGAGGAUCGCGGUCAGAUGUGUGGAGGUUUGGUCAAAGCAGGCAUGGAGGCUCGAAGUGACGCGCCCCUCCUGCAGACCCCCUCCCAGAGACGACCUCGGGAACCAGACGACGACUCUCUCGAAGGCCUUCCCCGCUCCGCUCACAAACGGCCCAAGCUGGAGGUAUCUCUAGACGAGUGGGACCUCUCCGGCCUCCCGUGGUGGUUUCUGGGUAAUCUCCGUAACAACUACAGCCGCAGGAGCAACGGAUCCACCGACAUCCACACGAACCAACUGUCUCCUGCACAGGAGGAGGACACGGCCAUCGUCUCGGACACCACAGACGACCUCUGGUUCCUGACCGAGGGCGAGAGCGAGCAGGUCAGCGUCGAGAUGAAGGAGGCGGCUCUGGAAGAAGGCAGCGGAGGAGAGGCGGAGGCUCAGCUGGAGGACGACGACGGAGGCGGGAAGGAGGAGAAGUCAGAUAGAGAGAUGCAGGAGGAGCCAGAUGAAGAUUCCCAGUGUCUGAGUGACGAUACUGACACAGAGAUCUCUACACAGGAUGCCUGGCAGUGCACAGAGUGCAGGAAGUACAACACGCCCCUCCAAAGGUACUGCGUCCGCUGCUGGGCUUUGCGCAAGAACUGGUACAAAGACGUCCCCCGGCUCGCCCACUCCCUCUCCGUUCCCGACAUCCCGGCGUGCAGCUCUCUGGCGGCCCACGACGAGGACGACGACAGCGACGCCGGCAUUGACGUCCCGGACUGCAGCCGGACGGUGUCCGACCCCGUCAUCCUGCCGUCCCACUCCACGGCCGACCGGCCGCUUCCCACCAUGGGCGUGGCGAUGGGGAAAGGGAAGGGGCCUCAGCCGCCCGGCUACAGCCGCGGCCACGGGGGCCUGUCCCUGGGGGAGAGUCAGGAAAGCCUGGGCAUGGAGGUGGAGGACGCCCGGCCCGAGGAGCUGCUGGAGCCCUGCAAGCUCUGCCGAGUGCGGCCGCGCAACGGGAACAUAAUACACGGACGCACGGCCCACCUGCUCACCUGCUUCCCGUGCGCGAGGAGGCUGCAUAAGUUCCAGGCUCCUUGUCCAGGAUGCGGGAAGAUCAUUCAGAAAGUAAUAAAGAUUUUUAUCGUUUGAAAAGCAUUGGAACCCAUUCCUCCUUCUGCGGGGACCGAAACAUUCAACACACUUUCCAACUCAUUCAACCAUUCAGCUGCAUGGAUAUAAACACACACGCACACCCACGGAACAUGCACCUUACCCCACCCUUAACACCUAAUCUACCGUCAUGAAUAGAAAACGUAGCACUUGCUGGAGAUUGCUGUUGGUUGCAUGGGUUUCUCUGCCUCUGAAGUAUUUCUCGGUGAGAGCCGGAGCUCACCGGUUCAUCCAACCAGACGUUUGUUUUGGUGCCACAAUUCAAAAGCAGAAGUAUUUAUUUAUUUAUUAGGAGGUCACCCAGCAGUGGACAGUCCGUGUGACCUUCGACCUGUGUAGGGUUUGGUUUUCAGGUUGCAGGUUGUUGUCGGUGUCGCGCCGCCUCCCGUCUCGCCGUGGGAGCGUUUGGGUUUUCUGUUCCCGCUGAACCUCCUCAUUUCAACUCGGGAUUUUCAGGUUUUUAAACAGAAGAAUCUUUUCUUUAAGGAACUUUCAUGCCAUUUGUUUUUAAUCAUACCUUUUUUUUUUUUCUUUUUUUUAACGACACCUUCUGUGUAUCGGUUGAGAUUUGAGGUAUGAAGACAAGUUUGAAGGAUGAGCACGUCUUAAAACUAGUUUAGUUUUCAGGCGAAACCCUAACAUUCUCUUUAAAAGCGAGUUUCCUCGGCAUAUGUGAAUGUACUGUAAACUGCAAAAGGUGUCCGGUUAAAUACGGACAGUUUAAUUUCCCUUCAAUGUGUAGAAUUUAGCAGGCUUUGAGAAUACACAGCUGAAGCAUUAAUGGCAGGUUUUCUCUUCUUGGUAAUUUGAUGUAAAUCGUAUUCAGUACUCGGAAUUGCCAAAAUGCUGACGACAGUCUUUCCUGCAGUGAGUAAUGUCACGUAUUUGUCGGGUGACGUUUGGAGAAGUCAUUCAGAAAAGGGUACUAAGCAGCCCUGCCUACACUUAUAACUCAGUUAUAUAUUAUAUAUUCUGUGUUUAAUUUAUUUAUAAUUCUAAUUGUGGCCAACGUAGCAGGAAAAAGAAAAAAAGCUGCACUAGUUACAACGUUGUGUGAUUCACUAAAAGCCGACCGGGCGUGAAAAAUGACUGCAGUACUUACGAGGAGUGCAGCGGUUUGAGUUGAGCGUUACACUGCCAUGUGAUGACUUUGAACCUAAAUUUGUAUAUUUCAGAUUUUAUUUUGAUGGUUCUGCAUUGUCUGAUUGUAUUACUAAUUUCAGUGAGUAUAUAAGCUCUCCAGAAAUAAACACAAUAUGCUCUAUCUAUGUAAUUCUCAAUGUAUGUAAUGAAUGGAGGCUUUUGAUUCUCGGCUUAGUUUGAAAGUUGCCUUUGACUUGCGCUUAAUUUUCCUGCCAGCAGGUGGAGAGCAGCUGCAGCCUUGUAAGUUGCCCACAGAGUAAUUGUACAGUAGCAGUAACAUGUAAUGUCUGUAUACUAUCUAUGAAGCAUGCCUCUCGUCGUGACUAGAGCCAUCCCCGAGCUGCUGUGCGAGCUAUAUUCUAGAAGCUAUCCAAGAUUAAUGUAACCUGUUGUAUUUAUUUACUUCGUUGAGAGUCAAGGGAAACAAUUGAAUUAGUCCACAUGACACCAGAGACGCUGGUCCAAAUUAACAGAUUAAUUGAGAUUAGGGUUUCUAUGAGCUCGUACGUGGUACAGCUAUUGUACUUAUUUUGUUUCUUAAACUCAUGAAGUAUAUAAAGUUUUUUUCUUUUGUUUUUUUGUUAUGCAAUAAAGAGUUUGGAGUUAA